AUAUUUAUGAGGGAGCGUGUGACUUCUCCACAGUUGACCUCUCACCGCACAAGACGCAAGUAAACAAAAAAGAAGCACACAGAGGACGAGCAACGCAGUGUCGACGCGAAGGAGAGAAAUCCUUUUCCUAUUUCCUUCCAUCCACCAUCUUCUUGUCCUACUUGUCGUUAUCACCUGGGCAGGUGGUCAUCAUGGCGGACGGUGGUCUUCUCGGUCCGGUACCGCAGCGGCUCCGGGCCAUGUUUUACUUGCUCACACCGAACGAGUCCUCCUUCGAGAGUAUCCAAAAUGUCCCCGCGUACGUCCAUCAGGCCAACCCUUUUUUCCUGGGUCUGGUGAUUCUGGAAAUGCUGCUGGACUCGCUGAUCUCGGGAGCCAAACUUUACAACGUUGCUGAUGGGAUCAUCUCCAUCUCGUUAGGGAUGAUGUCGCGACUCCCGCUGCUGCUGGUGCGAGGUCUGGAACUGUCGGCCUACGUGUACGUUUGGGAGCACUUCCGCCUUGUGGAGCUGCCCUGGGACUCGGCCUGGACCUGGUGGCUCAGCUUCCUGGCCGUGGACUUUUGCUACUACUGGUUCCACCGCUUCGCCCACGAGGUGGCCAUCCUGUGGGCGUCCCACCAAGUGCACCACAGUUCCGAGUACUACAACUUCACAAUUGCGCUACGCCAGCCGCUCACUCAGCAGCUGACGUCGUGGAUUUUCUACGUGCCCAUGGCCUUGGCCGUGCCACCGUCCGCCUUCGCCGUCCACAUCCAACUCAAUCUGCUCUUCCAGUUCUGGCUGCACACGGAGGUAAUCCGAGACAUGGGACCUCUGGAGUGGAUCUUCAACACCCCCAAGCAUCAUAGAGUUCACCACGGAAGAAACUUGUACUGCAUUGACAAGAACUACGGCGGGAUUCUGAUCAUUUGGGACCGAUUGUUUGGCACCUUCUCACCAGAAAAGGACAAGGUGGUGUAUGGCUUGGUCUUCCCCAGCAAUUCUUUUGAAAUCAUCACAAGUCAGUUCCACUACUAUUUGUCCUUGUGGAGAAGGUCAACCACCUACUCGAGUCUUUCAGACAAAGUGUCAACUUUUGUCAAAGGUCCCAGCUGGACGCCUGGAAACCCUCGGCUGGGCAACCAUGAUCACGUUCCAGAGGUGACCGGCAUGGAGAAGCCUCACGAUCCCAGCUGCUCACUGCCCUUACAAGUUUACGUGGUGACACAUUUCCUGCUGGUGCUGCACACGUACCACGAGCUCUUCGAAAACCAGGCGACGCUGACCCACUUGACCGUCCUGGGAAUGACUGCCUACGUCGUACUCACGCUCACCUCCCUGGGAUUCAUCAUCGACUGCAGGCCGUGGGCGUCCAUUUUGGAGCUGCUACGUUGUAUGUGCAUGGCGAUGUUGCUGCAGUACAGCCAUGUGAAGGCCCCCAACUCAGCUCUGACUGUGCCCACCCAGGCCUUGGUGUCCCUCAGUGUGCUGUACUGGGCUCUGCAGAGUUUCUCGCAGCUGCCCUCUAUCAAGUGGAAGUCGCACUGAGAACUGCCAUCUGCUGACUCCAUUUGCUUUUUAGCCUCUUAAACUGCACCCAAUAACACUUAACGGUGAAUUGAAAAAAGAAAAGCAUUAUUUGGUCUGUUUUAUUUCUUUGUUCCAUAAACAGAUGGAAAGGUAGAAAGAAGCAUGUGACGGAAUGCAUUGUGGGAGUUGGAGUUGUUUGUCUUUCGGAUUCGAAGACGACCAUUGACUUCAAUCGAGAUUGUGGGACCGGAGGUGACUGAAAUGCUGCACAGAAGAUGUCACACUUUCCUUCUGCUAUGCUCUAAACUGUACUGUAUGCAUACUAGCAAAUAAUCUAACAAUAUACUGUCGUAAUAUGGCUGACGAAUAAAGUCAUACAAGACUUGAAUU